CAGUUAUUCAAAUUGUAUGUGUACCUGCAUUGCCUUUUUCUUGAAAUGUACAGGUGUGCGACUAGUCCUGUGUCUGGCAAGUUACUAAAGGGGUGGUUUAGCUAAAUGGAAAUGAUGUCAACCUUCAAUUUAUCUGAUCAGAGGAAGUAACCAAAACUUUCUGCAGAGGUAUUUUCUCUCCGCUAUUAACCAUUUAGCUGGUUGAAGAGCGCGUUUGUUCCUGUUCGUUCUGACGCAAGCUUUAGCAGUUCUUUUAAGAUACUUUUUUUGUUUGUUUGACAAAGUUUUUGAGGAAAAAAAAGGAAGAACAGACCAACUUUCAAAAGAUAGCUGAUGUAGCUAACUUGACAGUGUGCGCCGUGAUAGCAAUCUUUCAAAUUCAUGUUUUGGUAUUGUUGAGGGGGCGUUCUGUCAUCGUUCCAUUUGGUGACUCUUCUACUAAAAAGCGCCUUGCUUUGGAAGCACUUUGGAUCCUGAAACCUGUUCGUUUAUAAAGCUGGAAGGGAACCCGACCCGACUAGUUUAAAUAAACACAAAACGGAACACGUACAAUAAGAGGAAAAACUGAGAGAAAGCUGCCGCUUUAACCAGGGAAGUGUUAUUUCUGAAUUGAAGAACUGAAGCUGUCUUCCCUGCCCCCUGACUAUGGAAACAGAGGCUACAGAUGGCUAUCUUGCUAGUAACGGUGACCACUCUCCCAGAAGAGAACACUCCAGCAUGGUGGUGGACCUGUCCUCAAACACUCCCAAUGGGCAGCACUCUCCAAGCACAAAACUAAUCAAGCUAGAAGCUCACAGUGAGGAGGAGUCUGAGCACAGGGUCCUGGCUCAGGAGGAGGGGGUCCCGAGUGUGGAGGAGGUGGGCGGGAUGGAGGAGCCCCUGAUGGGGAGCCACAAUGGGCUUCACGAACACAGCCAGGAAGCAGAGGGGCCCGGCGACGGAGGAAUCCGACUGCCCAACGGUAAACUGAAGUGUGACAUCUGUGGGAUUCUAUGCAUUGGACCCAAUGUGCUAAUUGUUCAUAAGAGGAGCCACACUGGCGAGCGUCCGUUCCAGUGUAACCAGUGUGGAGCCUCGUUCACUCAGAAGGGGAACCUGCUCCGACACAUCAAGCUGCAUUCGGGAGAGAAGCCCUUCAAGUGCCCUUUCUGCAGCUACGCCUGCCGCCGCCGCGACGCCCUCGCCGGACACCUCCGGACCCACUCUGUGGGCAAGCCGCACAAGUGCAACUGCUGUGGGCGGAGCUACAAGCAGCGCGCGUCCCUGGAGGAGCACAAGGAGCGCUGUCACAACUACCUGCAGAGCGGCCGUCUGGACCCUGCCUCACACGCUGGGGCACUGCAAGUUCCUACCGUUGAAGAGGGGAAGGAACAGGAGCCCAUGAUGGAAGGGAUGUCGCUAGUGCCUUUUGAAAGACCGCCUGUGAUCGAGAGGCUGCACAGCAAUGUAGGGAAACGGAAAAGUACCACGCCUCAGAAAUUCGUGGGUGAGAAACUGAUCCGGUACGGCUACACCGAUAUGCGCUACGACAUGGGCCUCAAGGACGCAGAACUGGUGCAUGCCCACAUGAUGGACCAAGCCAUCAACAAUGCCAUCUCCUACCUGGGGGCCGACUCCCUGCGGCCCCUUGUCCACCACCAGCCUGUGUCCAUGGCGGACGUGGUGCCCAUGAUGAACCCGCUGUACUCUCAGGUUUACCACCCGGGCCGCGUGGAGAGGCCCAGCAGCAGGGAGGCCCCUCCCGUGAACCUAGACUUCCAGGCAGACAGACCUCUCUCCCUCAUCAGACCAAAGAACCCGCCCGCCGAGCACGAGGCCUCGCCCAGCAACAGCUGCCUGGAGUCCAUUGACUCGGAGAGCAGCAGCCACGAGGAGCGCCCGGGCCAUCCCAGCAACCCAGCCUUCAACCCCAAGAGCAGGCGGAGCAGCCCAGCCUACACCAGGGAGGAGCAGAGGGCCCUGGAUGCGAGCAAGGCCUCCGCUGCAGAGGCAGCAGCAGCAACAGCAGCAGGAGUGGCUGUCCCCUCCCUGAGCCCUUCCAGAAACCAGUACAGGGUUUACAGCGGGGAUGGGGAGCAGGUCAAGGCCUUCAAGUGCAAGCACUGUCGGGUCCUCUUUCUGGACCACGUCAUGUACACCAUUCACAUGGGCUGCCAUGGUUACAAAGACCCUCUGGAGUGCAACAUCUGUGGGUACCGGAGCCAGGACCGCUACGAAUUCUCAUCUCAUAUCGUUCGAGGAGAGCACACAUUCCGCUAGGCACUGAGCCAAAGGACACAAAUGAAGUACAAAAAAUAUGUGUAUACAUAUGUAUAUGUGUGUACAUAUGUCUAUGUACAUACAAUAUACAGGUAUGUAUAAAACAGUCUAGGAAGGUCUGCACUUAGAAAUCUGAAUUAUUUUACUUUUAUAAUUUCAACUUCCAACAAACAAUCUAAAGGAAGAUGUUAGGAGUGGGAGAGAGGGCUUCUUAACUGUUGCUUGGGAUUGCAUAAUACCCUGUUUUUUUUUGGGAGGGGGGGGGUUUAUGUGUAUUUUCUGUAGUUCUGAGCUUCCUCUAAGUUAGUCAUACAGUAUGAAUCUUCCUCACCAGAGCAGCUAUAGACAGAUUUGAUUCUGUUGCAUUAAUUUAUACCCUCUUAAUUCUUUCUGUCAUAAGAAUUUGCCUCAAGACAAAAUGCCUUUCCUUUAAGUAAAUGUAGUUUUUAGUUGCAAACAGGAGAGAUCUGUCAGUACUGAUCGGACACAAAUUAAUCGGGUGAGUGUAUUUUCUUAUUUUUUUAAAUCAGAAAAGCGCACUUAAUAUGUUUUUGCAUGGAGGGAUUUUUGUAGGUCUCCUGGUAUUAGUUUUAGUUGAGUUCAGUGGCCACCCUUGAGAGUGAAAUGAUUAUUAAUUCAGACUUAAGCUUUGGUGCCACUAUUUGUCUCUUGUUUGCAGCAGCAAAGGAAGAAGGGAGAAGCACACAGUGGUUAUGUAAUCCCCAGACAUAUGUACCUAUUUAUACUUUGUGUUGCAGUUGUAUGUUUGUAUCAUUGUUAACUGUAAGCAUUACUGUAAGCAAGUGAUGGCUCACUUUGCUUGUGGUACUUUCUGUUUUACUCAAGAUGAGGGAAUAUGAGCCAGUUUGAUGUUAUACUGGGAGCCGACAGUCAUUUCACAAUGUGGGCAUAUCACUCAACUCUGGCACUGGGUAGACGUAGCUAGAAGCAGUUUGAAAGCACAUCUUAUAAAAGAUGGGUGAGAUUUCCAGAUCUUACUGUAGCGCAGCUUACAGUAACCUCCUUGCAUACUUCUUAUCAGGCAGUUCAGCUCAGAUACAAGCUAACAGUUUCAAACCCUAGUGGUCUAAACGGUGGAGUCUCUGGUGACAAGGCAUCAACCACACCGCAGCUCCUCAUUGAAGCAUUAGACACCAGUUCAUAAAUUAGCCUCUCUUGCCAUCAUAGACCAAAUCAGAAUUCAUUUUAACUCUUUUACUACACGAUGCCUAGGUAUCCUCUAAUGGCUCCGGUGGAUUGUAAAGCAUAGUAUUUAAAGAGCAAGCGAGAAAGACAUGUCCGAUUGGGGUUGUUUACUGAAAACAGUACUGUAAGCACCCUUAAACCGUGAAACCCUCCUUACAUUUCUAACAAUGUCAUUCAUUAUUUUAUAAAAUAAGAGAAGAUUUUAGCUGUUUUAUUUUUAUACACUGUCAUAUAAACAGUAUUUAUCAGCUGAGGUUUUUACAAUGCACAUCAGCUAGAGUAUCUGACACUGGUUCAUUUCAAAUUCAAAUCUUUCCCAGAAAAAACUCCCUUUCGACACAUACUGUACACAUGCAAUGUAGUGUACGCACCUCAAUGCUAAAACUACAUCUUUCAUGCAGGCGGUCAUUAUAGACAGGUUUGAUGGCACUUCAGGGGUUGUAGGUGCUCUUUAGCGUCUUCAAGACUUGAGUUUUAUGUUUGCAAUGUUUCUCGUGCAUACAUGACUGGCAUUGAGAUUCUGGCACUUGAAGGUUUUUAAUUACCUCACUGGCAUCAAAUUUAGAAAACUUUCAGAUAAGGGAACACGGCUUUACUGUGAAACCUCAUUUCUAUAAACCAUUCAGGUCUUCACUCUCCAUAUGAAGCGGCUGUAUUCUACUUGUAGGGUUUUAUUGAAGGCGAUCAUUAACAUGUUCUGUUUGGAAGCACUGAGCAAUUGGCUAAACUCAUUAGACGCAGGACUUUUCCAAGAGCUUUUCCAAAAUAAUAACCCAAAUCCAUGCAGGACCUAAGAUAGGUCAAGGUACUGUCUGGCCAACCAGGUGUAAACCAGCCUCUCCUUCCUGGUUGGGACCCAACAGGUUCUGGGUUACCUGGUGGCAAGUUUAGCAGAACUAAUUGAUUAUGAAUGGGUUGCAUUCAGUUUUCCCUUACUAUGCACUUGCCAAAAACAAUCAGUAAUUAAUGUAACUAGGAUACAUACAGAUUUUUAAUUUAAUGAAAUGUUUUUGUUUUAAUUUUACAUUGGGAGUGAAUUACCAGCCCGGUGUUAUGCUGCUGCCUAAGAAUAUUGUAUAAUAACUGUUUUUCAAUAACCUUUGCAGGGAAUAGAAAUACGACUCCUGUUGCAUAGGACUUUGAUUCAUUCCAGUUUAAUAAGACACACCUGAGCUUGUUACGUAUACACUCUGGUUAAUCAUGCUCAUUGUAAAAGCUGGAAUGGGUGAAACUGCUGUGCAAUCAGAGUCUUAUUUCCAUCCCUGCUUUGUUGGACUGUGUUUAAGGUCCCUGCAGAUCUGCACUGGUUAGUGACAAGAGGACGGUCAUGCAGUACCAUGUUUAUUUCACCUUGAGGAUGAACACUUAUGUAAUUACAACCUCAAGACUGAAGAAAGCAUGGUGCAAGAAAUGAGAAAUUAUGAACAAAAAAAACAUUAAUUGUAAAUCUGGUUGUUGCAAAGGGACUUUCCAAUGAAUGAUGUCUGUUCUUCAAAUGAAGAUUGGAACAGAGUCAUGUAGCCAGUUCUGUGUCGUGUAGCUGAAGCUGUAACAAGGGGAAGGAUUUGUUUGUACGUUUUUUGUUUGUUUGUUUGUUUAGUCUUUUUGUUACAACAUUUUUAAACUGUGAUAAUUUUGACUGAUUUAUUUUUAUUCAUGAAGCACUGUCAUUUCUGAAAUUGGGGUCACAUCAUGUAGCUGAGAUACAUAAUACAUGUGCGUGCACACAAACACACACACACACACACACAAACGCACACACACACACACAGAACUAUUGAUGGCACUACAAGUGCUCAUUUGUGUUGAUUAAGAUUAAGAAAGGAAGUCUUAAACUCAUAAGGUGCAGUAAGCACUACAGCUGCAUGUGUAGGUCUUGCUCACUCCCACAGUUACCGAACAACACCAAGAGGUCUUGUCAAUUGUUGAUGAAAUGUGCAUAUUUCUAUUUGAAACCUCUUGUUACACUAGAACAAGUCUAGAAUCUAGAACAAGUUCAUUUACUUUAGUCUUAUGUUUUAUUUAGUCUUUUAGUUUUUGGGGAGGUGUUUUUCUUGUUGAUAAUGUAUUAGAUUUAUAAGCUGUUUACAUAUUUUUGUACUAAAAAUGUAGUGUUAUAUAUUGGGCAUAAAUAUAUGUAAACGCUUGAAAAAAAGAUCAAAUGGUGCCGCUGUGUAACACACUCAUUUUUGGACUAGGGUACCUGCCUGUUUCCUUUGCUUAUUUAAUGGUGCAAUUAUAUAUGUGCUUUUUAUUAUUUUCUUUUCUUGGUUUGGUUGUAAAUGUUCUUAAAAAUGAUGUAGCCUAUUAUGCAUAUCUUUUUUUCAUGAGAGACUGCAAGCUUUGGAUAGGUAUAUGAGUAGUGAGUUGUAAAAUAUGGAGAGAUAUAUAUUUUUUUAAAUGCUUUUAAAAGACUUCGCAGAGGGUUCUUUUAAAAAUGUAGCUUUCUUUCUGAAAAAUUGUCGUGAUCAGGGGGAGUUUUGAAAACGAUAGCAUGCUGUAUUGCAGUUCAACAUGUUUGACGGGUUAUUCGAGACGCUGGUGGAACUUAUUUUCGAAAGUUUCUUCUGUUAUGUCUGAUGUGUGGGUUAGAAAUAAGAAAUCAAACUCAUUGCAUUGCUGUUUGAGAUACUUCAGAUUUCACAAUGAGCCUGUUGUUAAUCACGCCUGAGCUGGAAUAAACCAACCACAGAGGCAUACUCUACCAGGCUCAACCAUAAUUCAUGAAGCUCACAAUAAAGUGUUGAAUGGCUUGAGUCUUGUUUUCAUCCCUGGCUGAUGAGCACCAUUUCGUAGCCUGCCACGAUAUCUCCGAAAUGCUUUACACAAGUCGUGUCAAAAUAUCCAAAGACACUGAUGUCAAAAGGUGUGGACUGUAUCUUCCACAGACUGGUCCCUGUCUUAACCCUUUGAAUCCCAGCUGAGAAUGGGUUCUGUGAGCCUGGUAGAGCAGCAGAGUCAGGAGGCAUUUUUGAUGUUAGUUUUAUUUUUAGUUCAAGAUAUUUUAGCGGUGUGAAGUGGCCUUAUCCCUAGGCCAAGGGUUGGAUAUUUAAUGAUUAGGCAUGGGCACCAGUGCCUUUUGGGUCUGUGAUGUUUACAGAGCAGAUGGGUUCUUGGUUGUGCACAAGGCAGAGCGGUAACGCUGUGCUCACAUGUUGCUUUACAGGCAUGCAUGUUAUCACAUGCAAGGUGGGCUCACUGUCUCGUUUGUUUAGCUGGUAUAAGCAUACUUGUUCACAUCACGUGUAUAUAUAUAUAUAUAUAUAUAUAUAUAUAUAUAUAUAUAUAUAUAGAACACAUUUAAGAGAAAUACACAAUUAAUACAUUCUCCACAGAAUCAAUUUCCAGGACACAUUUCGUUUUUUUUUUUUUUUUGUGAUUUGUGAUAAGAGAUAUUUCAGUUCUUGUUUUACUAAAAUAAAUUCGGUCCCUGAGGUGUCAACUCAGUUCUAUUAAGGGGACCAGUUUGCUUUGGAAGAUAACUGCCAUUUACAGAACCCGGGUUCAAAUGCUCUAAAAGCACUGCUUUAACACCUGCAUUGCUUCCCUGUGGCAAUAAUCAGUCAGACUUUCCAGGUGAUGUUUGUCAGUUAAGAAUAUUAUUAGCACAGGGUUAUUUUUGUAUGUCCUCCUGUGUCUAGAGGUUUCAGAAUCAUACAACAGUGCUGUGUGUCUUUAUCAAAUCCAUCCACAGUGUGUUUCUAUAUCCUCAUUGUUUCUGACUUGUUACAGAUGGUACUGCUUAUAAGAGUCUGUGUACAGUUAUUUUAUGUCAAUAUUAUUUACAGGUCAAAGCAGUGUUUAUAUUCAGUAUACUUGUACUGUACUAGCGCUGACACCUUUAAACCAUAUUACUUUCAUGUUAAAGUUUUAGGUACAUUUGAAAACAAUAUAAGUACAUUUAUUAAAACUGCAUGAUAUUUUGAAGAACAAAAAAAGAAAAUGGUUUCCAUCAUACAUACAGUUGCAGCUAAUUAAGAAUGAAUGGAUAUUGGUGGCAAGGGGCUCGUUAUAGGAAUUUAAAUAAUGGAUGUUUUUGUUUCACACAUUUGAAACUGCUACCCUCAUACAGAGCUAAAGAAGUGCAUUUUUUCAUUAAAGUGCAAUAGUGUUUUUUUUUUUUUCUCUUUCUGAAUCGUUCUAAUGUAUAAGUAGUUUUUUGAAAAUGGAAGUAUAUGAGAACCGAUUUUGGAAUCUGUUAAAUACUGCAAACUAAUUGGACUGGAAGAAAUGGUUGCAGAAUGGUACUCAUUUGAAUAUGGGUUUUGCUGUUACUGUUUUGUAUUGAGUGCACACUGGAAUAAAUGUAGGGAAUCUCAGGUACAUUCACCUGCAGUGUGUGGUUGUGAGUUAUUCCCUUUGCUGUUCAUGUUUUAAACAGACAUGUGAACCGACGCUGAAUUUGUGCAUAAGUUGAUACUAAAUUACAUACAAAUAUGUUAAACCCCAACUUAUAUUAUGAAUUACUUAUGA